GUUGAGAACAUCAUGGAUUUGUUAGUUCUUGGUGCUGUUGUGCUGGUCCUGACUCUAGUGGUGUACCUCCUGGCCACACUGGGCACCAAGGAGACACCAUUUGAGGAUGCACUUGCUGAGCAGCGUCAGAAAUUCGAGCUGGAAAAUGCACAAAGUAAAACUGAGAAGCAGCCAAAGAAACCAAAGGUAAAGAAGAUAAAGGGUAAAAAAGAUGAAGGUGACCCAUCUGGAGCUACAUCAGUACAAGAGUUAGAGGCUGAAAUUGAACCCUCUCAGUCACCACCACCAGUACCCGAACCUUCUCCAUCACCACAACCCUCUCAGGAGAAGAAGAAGGAAAAGAAAAAGAAGAAAGAUGAGGAAAUAGGAAGCAAGGUGAAUGUGGAGGAAGUUCAGAAGGUUGUCAAGUCUGAAGUGAAGAAAGUUGAGUCUGCUGCCCCUGCACCUCCAGGCCCAUCUGCCAAGGAUUCAAGGGCUGGUGGUAAAGAAGUGAAAGCAGCUGCUAAAGAAACAAAGGCACCUGCUAAAGAAACUAAGGCCUCUGCAAAGGAAUCAAGUGCCUCCAUUAAAGAAGCUAAGGCCCUCGGAAGAGAUGCUCCCUCCACCUCAAAGGACACAAAGAAUGCUGCUAAGGACAAGGCCACUGCUAAGGAAUCAAAUGCUUCUGCUAAAGAUACAAAAAGUUCUUCCAAGGAUACUAAAGUUGCUGCUAAGGAAGCCAGUCCUGCUAAGGAAAUAAAGGCAACUAAAGAAACAAACACUGCUAAGGAUAUUAAUGCUAGUUCUAAAGAUACAAAGGGAAAAGAAUCUAAAGGCUCUCCCAAAGAAGGAAAGGCAACAUCAAAAGAAACCAAUUCUGUUAAGGAGACAAAGGCUGCAGUUGAUAUUCCUUCUGCUCAUGACCAAGUGAAUGCUUCUGAUGCUGUUGAUGUCUCACCCUCUGCUGAUAAAGGAUCUUCUCAAGAUAAGAAGAAAAAGAAGGAUAAGCCAAAGAAUGAUAUUACAUCACUGAGUGAGUCCAAGCUGCUUCCCAUGGUGCAACGUGCUCCACUGUCUGGAACAGAGAUUCAGACCCUGAUUGAUGUACUCCUCAACAAGCAACAGCAAAAUAAUGCUGGAGGUGACUGGGUGAAAAAGGGUCGUGUGGAUCCCAUAACUCAGCUUAGAAGGCAGUUGGAGGAAGUAGAAAGCAGACUCCGUGAUAAGGAUGAAGCACACUCUGCCUUGUCUGCAAAAAUUACUGACCUCUGCAGUGAGCUUCAUGGUGAACGAUCACGAUCCUCAAAGCUCAAAACCCAGCUGGAAGACACUAUUGCAAAUUAUACACGCCAGCAGGAAGUAGCUGCUGCUAAUGAUAAAAAAGCUCAAGCAUCUCGUUUGAAUGAGCUACGUGCAUCUUUGGACCAAGAGUAUCAAAUAAAAUUCCAGCAGCAGCAACAGCUUGUGGAACAGUUGCAGAAUGCCACUAAUGAUAACGAUGUUGCUGCUCUUCGUUCUUCACUCAAUGAAGCAGAAAUGCAAGCAAAGAUGAUACGACAAGAACAUGAAGUGCUAACUCAAAGAUGUCAGCAGUAUGAAGAACACAUAAGGGUACUGGAAGAAAAGAGAGUUGGAGAAGAGGGAACACGUAAUGUACAGCUUGCAGACCUGCAGUUGAAGCUUCAGAAUACUGAUGCAGCUCGUGCUCAAGCAUUGGCAGAAUUGGCAGCAAUGGAAAAUGACCGUGAAAGUUUGAGUGCACAGUUAGCAAGUGGUAAUGCUAAAGUAGCACAAUUACAGCACACACUGCAGGUAACUUUUUUUAUUGAACGACUAAAGGAGGAGAAAGAAUCAUUGGCCUCUCAGAGUGUCCGUCCAGCAGCCGAAGGGCAGGAGAAUGGAGAUGUGCAUGCCGAGCACACCCCGGCCCCCAACACUGCACUUCUAGAAUCUAUGUAUGACUCUCCAGCUUUGCUGCAGUUGUUCUGUUUAUGA